CUGCCCGGCUGGCUGGCUGUGUGUGUGCCUAUAGCCCCCCUCUCCCCGGCUCCCACAGACACAGUGCGCACACACGCUCCCCUUCACAUCCACGCACACACGCAGAGCUGAUCAGUGCAGGCGGCGCAGAGCCCGGUAAUUGUAUUGCUCCCUCCAAGUGGAAGGAAAGGACCGCGAGAGAGGAAGACGGGAGAAAGAAGAGGAGGAGAGAUAUUAAAACUUUGAUUUUUUUCGAAUUUUCUUUCCGUUUCCCUGGAGGAGGUUGACAUGACAAUGACCCGGUAUCGCCGAUGGAUUCGGUAGGACACCACUUAUCCGAGUGUUUUUUAAUGCACUCUGAACAAGAGUAGAAUGAACUUAUCGAAGGGGCCAUUGGUGAACAGCAGCAGUGAAGAUAACUCCAAGUCAACGUAUGGUAAAUGCGGCGCUGGCGCCUGGAGGAUGCACCAGAGCUACGAUCCACUGGAAGCCAACCACAUGAGAGACGCACAUGCCCUCUACAACCCCAGGCUUCUCUGCAGAAUGUCCAGUAAGGAGCGCCACCUUGAGUCCAAUUGUCCGUCCUCUUAUAUAAAGACUGAGCCGUCUAGUCCUGCCUCCCUGACUGACAGCCUAAACCAUCACUCCCCCGGUGGCUCCAGUGACGCCUCAGGCUCAUAUUCGUCCACGAUGAACGGCCACCCCAACGGCUUAGACUCCCCGAGCCUUUAUGGCUCCAACGCAGGACCCCUGGGGCCCGCCGGUGGCCCCGUUUCAAAGCGCUACGAGGACUGUUCAUCAACAAUCGGGGAAGAUUCGCAGAUUAAGUGCGAGUACAUGUUGAAUUCAAUGCCCAAGAGGUUGUGUCUGGUGUGCGGGGACAUUGCGUCAGGGUACCACUAUGGAGUGGCGUCCUGUGAGGCCUGCAAGGCUUUCUUCAAACGCACCAUUCAAGGCAACAUCGAGUACAGCUGUCCAGCCACCAACGAGUGCGAGAUCACCAAGAGGAGACGCAAGUCGUGCCAGGCCUGCCGCUUCAUGAAGUGUCUGACUGUGGGCAUGCUGAGGGAGGGUGUUCGUCUGGACAGGGUGCGUGGUGGGAGACAGAAGUAUAAACGCCGGAUAGAUGCAGACAACAGCCCGUACCUGAACCCACAGCUGGCUCUGCCCCCCAAGAAGCCAUUUGCCUUUGGCUGCCUUGCAGAUAACAAAAUCGUCUCGCACCUGCUGGUGGCCGAGCCAGAGAAGAUUUACGCCAUGCCUGACCCAACAGUACCAGACAGCGACAUCAAGGCCCUGACUACACUGUGUGACCUGGCGGACAGAGAGCUGGUGGUCAACAUCGGUUGGGCCAAGCACAUCCCAGGUUUCUCCACGCUGUCUUUGGCAGACCAGAUGAGUCUACUGCAGAGUGCAUGGAUGGAGAUCUUGAUCCUGCGCGUCGUGUACCGCUCCCUGUCAUUUGAAGACAAGUUGGUGUAUGCUGAGGACUACAUAAUGGACGAGGACCAGUCGAAGCUGGCGGGACUUCUGGACCUGAACAAUGCCAUCCUUCAACUGGUCAAGAAGUACAAAUCUAUGAAGCUAGAGAAGGAGGAAUUUGUCACUCUCAAGGCCAUCGCUUUGGCUAACUCAGACUCCAUGCACAUUGAAGAUGUGGAUGCAGUGCAGAAGCUCCAGGACGUGCUCCACGAGGCCCUGCAGGACUACGAGGCCUCCCAGCACCAGGAGGAUCCCCGCCGGGCGGGCAAGCUGCUCAUGACUCUCCCCCUGCUCCGCCAGACCUCCACCAAGGCUGUGCAGCACUUCUACAGCAUCAAGCAGGAUGGCAAAGUCCCAAUGCACAAACUCUUCUUGGAGCUGCUGGAAGCCAAGGUCUGAGGACGGGGACUAGAUGGAAGGACAGCUGGACGACCGUCUCAACCACCUGCGCUUCAAAUCUAACUCUGAACAACAACUUUGAAUGACCUCUUUCUCUUUCUCACUUAUACACACACACACACACAUAAAAUGUCUCUGACGUUUAGUCACCCGUCUGUGGCUAAAGAAACUAUCUGAACAUGUCUCCUGACCUCUGAACCACCACUGUCUUGGACACCAGGGCGGCCACUUGACCCUCUGAUUUGGGGAAGAUGCUGACAGACUGAUGUGACCCCCGAUUACCAAGGGACAAAGAUAUUUCCCCGAAAUUACUUAAACACAAUUACUUAACAGUUACCACAGUGUGACUCAAGACACUGACGACGGAAACUCUCUUAUGCAUUUAAUAACAGUUAAGAUGUUAUUAAUGAAACAUUUAAAUGAGGACACAUUUAAAAGAAACUCUUGAUUUUAGUUCUGAGAGACUCGUGUCUCUCUUUCCCCCAGCAAAGUUUUUUAAAUGUUCAAGAAGAAGACAAGCGGGGGGGAAAAUAACACUUGGGAAGGAUUAAUGACGUUUGUUGUCAAUGUACAUGUACAGAUUUGAAUGGAUGGACAGAAAGAAAAGAAGAGGAGAUUUGCCCUGCCAAAGAAUGGAAUCAUCCAUUCAGAGGAUGCCAGCAAACUUUACUGUCAUAACCCAAAACUCUUUCUGGUUUGGUCUGUCAGUGGCUUUCAGUCCUGGGCCUCAAGAGUACCGCUGGUUCUCUGCUCUAACAGUAAUUGUAAGAAACAAUCUGAUUAUUAUGAAAACCAGCAGUGUUUUCUAGGACCAGGAUUGGAAACAACUGUUGGAAACACUUUCUGGUUCUCCCUAAAUUCAGUCCCUGGUUUCCCAUGACUCCCGUUACUUCAACCACAACUUUACUUAUUUGUUGUAUUCUCUGAGGUUCCUGUGAUCCUGGCCUCCCAAACCUGUCAGUAUUAUCACAGUACGAGCGUUUGUAUGCGUAGUGGAGCUAAAAAUGCUUUCAGAUUUCUAAACGCUUGAGGUCUGAUUGACUGUAGCAAUAUUACUUCAAACUUACAACUUAAUAAUUAUCUAUACUGUCAAGAAUGGGUUCCUGCUUGGCUAACAGACAGAUGUGGGCUCGGUUCACAUUGUCUGCAGUGCUCUGCGAUCUAGCCAACACUCUUCUUGCAUUUGGACAUCUGGUUGGAACACUUUUAGCUUCUUGGUGGCCCCGGUUUGCAGCUCUUCACAUACCAGUCAGUAGAAAUUUCAGUCCGUCAAUGUGCCAUUAAGAAUAGUCCAGGCCAUGCUCAUUACCCGCACUCCAGAAACUCCACCUCGGCACCACCCUCUUCGGCCCGUUGUUCUCACUAAUUCCAGCUCAUGUCUUCUCUCGUCAGUACCGAGAUGUUUUUGUGACUCAUUCAGGGAGUGUAGGGGGAGCCUAACGCAGUACGAACCAGAUGGAGAGGCGUGCUGACAAAAACGACUGAGGAACAACAAUCGUUGCUUUGAAACUCCUCGUUUUUUUCUUAAUUUCUACCUUGAAAAUAAUCUUACCGAUGGUACCGAUAUUAGGAUUGUAAAUAGUUGUCAUCCUGUAUAUGACAUAUAACACGGCUUUUGUUUUUGUUAUUAAUAUUGUCUUCUUAAAACUGAAUCAAUCAAUAUGUCGUUCCUUUUUUUCUAUCAGCUUGACCACGUUCAGCAAUUAUCAUAUAUAUAUAUAUAUAAAUAUAACAAGUAAUAAUGUAUUAACAAAUCAGCGUUUAUCUUAGAAACUCUGAGCAAUAGUGGUUUUUAAAGGAGGGGUUUGUGCAUAUGGACUAAGUCUGCAAUAUUAACAUUACGUGCCAGUCUUAAAUUUUGGAGCGAGAGGGUGAGGAUUUGAAGAAGAAUCUGUAGCUUCUCUUUAUCUCUGUGUAACUUGCCAUAAGCUAUUAGAAAACGUUCAACAUUUCCUUCGUUCAUGACGGUUAGACAGGAAAAUUAUGGACCAGGAAUGGCAGCACAAGAUGUUACUGCUGUUUUCAGAUAAAGACUGUUGGCGAGAGGCCGUGUUAAUGAACAAUCAAAAGCAGCUAAACGCAAAAAGAUCCUGUUUGGAAUCAUCACGUGUUCUCGUGCCCAGGCUUUGCAGGUCACCCUUUACCUGAUCAACUGUUCUUUGCUGAAAACAGUCGAACUGAUGAUACAUGGUUUUUGUCCAUUUGCAGCCCAAGGUGUACGUUUUUUUUUUUUUUGUUUCUUUGUUUGUUUGUUUUUGGCCAUGUGACCGAGUAUGGGGACCAUCAGAAGAACUUGACUAAAUUUUGAGGUACUUUAAAUGGUUCUAGCAAAAUUUAAAACCAAAUCAAAUGACAUUAGCCACUUCCUGUUAGCUUGCCGCCCCCCCACUUGCAACUCAAAGGAAAAUUAGAUGUUGCAACGAUUAAAUCUGUUUACCAAAAGCCAUCUGAACUUCUAAAGAGGAAUACAGGAAAAGCAGUUUGACCGAUAUCCCUAAAUGUUCCUCUUAUCUUGUUACCUACCUGUCUAUCUUAUGUUGAUAUUUAAAGGACCAGUGCGUACGAUUUUGUGACACCUGUUGGUAAGGUUGAAGAUUGCAAUCAACUGAAUAACUCUCCAUCAUCGGUCCAUUACCAGUCAUGUAGGAGAAACUACAUUUGUCAUCACUUCAGAGUAAAAAACCCCAAAGGCUUUCUUUAGAGCCACUAUUCAGUUUGUCCAUUCUGGGCCACUGUAGAAAAGGAUGUUCUCCCUACAAAGAUACAAAUCGCUCAUUUUAAGGUAACAAACUUUUGAUUGUGGUGAUUAUACACUGAUGAAAACAUGGUUACACAUACUCUAAAUCCUCCACACUGCUCCUUUGAAUCUGAUGUAGUAGCCUUAAAGAUAACUAAGUAAGUUGUAGCUUUAACAUACUUCAAAUUAUGUCCGCUGUUAGCAGGUUUAACGUUGAACUUCAAAGGGAUUCUCUGGAAACAGGAAGUGGAGAAGCUGAGCAGACAGGAAGCUGUCUUACAUGUUACAGUCAAAUGCAGUGGCUCUGACUUGAUGAUGUAAUGCGUGGUUGACUGAUCACAGCUUUAACGGGUAGACAGUCGAGGGAUUUUUUUUCUAGUUUUUGUUUAUGCAUUUUCUAAAGCCGAAUAAGAAUGCCAAAACGUGUAAAGUAGACGACAGUGUAAUCUAAUAUAAAAUGGCAACUUGUCACAGCCGAGGAGCGCUGCAGUUUAAGUGUAGUUGAUCUCUAACAUCAAACAUCAGUAUUAUUAGUAAGGGGUAUUUUCUCAGCCUUCUUAAACAUUGUAUAUUGUAAAUUAUACAGAUUAUAAUUCUAACAUAAGACAUUUUAUUGGAAACAAAACAGAGAAAAAAGAAAAAAAAAUGUAGUUCAGCCUGUGUGUUUCAUGUUUGCUGUUUUUUCUACCAAGAAAAAGACCUCUUUCUUUGGGUUUUCUCUGUUUCAGUUCUAAACUUCUGUUUCUGUUUGAUCCUUUCCUCCUCUGUUCAGUCCUCUAAGGCGUUGCUGUGUACUUUUCUCUUGUGGUGAUUCCCGUUCUUGUGCCGUGUGCUUCUUCUUUAGACGACACAGAGUAGAAUAGAGGCCAUGCUGUCUGUCUUUCUGUCUGUCUGUCGGAUCAGUCCGCUGGGGGUCCAGGCACCGGAUUCUCUGACAAUGAACCGAACCGGAUACAAGACUCUUCUUCUAGAAACUUAAGACCACCAGGAUCAAAUUACAAUAUUCAUCUUUACCAAACUAUACAUAAAUAAUGAAAUAUUUAGUAUCUAAAUGAAGAAAUACCUUAACGAGCAUUUAAAAAGGGAUCAUUUGUGUAACUUUCCUGUAGAUUAAACAAUAUACUGUAUAUCUUUAGGUUAAAUAAAGCUGAAAUGAAAAGGACAUUUGAGUAAUUCAGAACUGUAGGUGACUCUUUUUUGAUAAACUUGCUGUAUAUAACUGCCUUCCAUACAGCUCAUUAUACUUGCUGUUGCAGCAGGCUAAAAGAGGAAAUACAAAGACAAACCUUUUUUUUUCAGCUUAUUUCCUAGAAAAACUUUUCCUUUACUACAAACACUGAAACACGUCAGUAUGAUGUGUUUAGUUUGUGCUUGCUGUUUUUCUACACCAUGCAUUCAUGACAUUGUGCAGACGUGGUUCUACAUUCUAUUGGACCUAAACCACAAAAUAGGCAUUAAAACCUCCAAUUUCGCCAACUCUUCAAAUGAUCUCACUCUACAUGUCGAUGCAGAUUAACAGUAUAGAUACAUAUGCAUAUGCAUAUGCAUAUGCAUAUGCACUAAUCACACCAUCACAAUGGAAUAUAAAUAUUCUGUUGCCUGAUGUAGCCAGACUCAGUUCUUAUGAGAAUACGAGUCUGCUAACGCACCACUGGGUUUCCAUUUGACCCUUGGCGUGUUUGCGAGAAACAAAAUACCUCUGCAGGCAUUUGAAUAGUUUCUACAGCUAGUCAAUCCAACUCAGCUCCUCGGCACUUAGAGGACGUGGAUGACAACGUUACUCUUCUGUCCAUCGCUGCUUAAAGCCUGCUAAAACAGCUUGAUUGGCCCGGUAGAUCUUUGCCAGGGCGUAAUCUGUUCCCAACGGAGAGACUCCAGACCAGGGAAGUUGAGGUUGGCUUCCAGGCUAAAUGCUCUUAAAAGUUAAUCAAAGGUUUUAAGGUCUGUUGUUUUUUAAAGGAAAUACAUAGAAAAGAUUUUUUCACAACUGCAUGCAAGAAAUUUCUAGGUCAAGAUGAAUUUCCUAUUUUGACUUAGACUACAGCCCCGCAGUCAGAACGAUAGUGUUUAGUUCCAUCCUCUGUACAUUAUUCUCCAGGAACCUCCUGGAAGAAAGGGGCUCUUUUCUUACUAUCGUUUCACUUCUUUUACUGUUCUAAGCGGUCAUGCGUACUCCUGAACAAUUCAACACAAAGAGAGGUGUUCCAUGUCUCUAUGGGGUGAAUAACACUGAGCUGAACUAAAUUCACAGCCAUGUUGGAAAAUGGGACUGGUGCCACUUUGGUUAGUUGACCAGGGCCAUUUCAGACAGAAACACUGGAGCAGCUAAAGUCAGGAGGGGGAUGUUUCUUUCGGAUGGUUUGAUGUAACUCGCUGCUCAUAGUCACAGUUUUAUUUAGAUGUACAGGACAAAGCGUUUUACCUUUUACGUUGUCUUUUUUUUUUUUUUUUUUUAAUUAUACCUUGUUACAAAGCAAUAUUUUGAAACCUGUGCUAUGACGAGGCAAGAGUUGCACACGUUUGUGUUGGGUUUUACAUCCAAAUACUGAUGUAUCUAUUAGAUUGAUUUUGCAUUUAGUGUUAAGACCUCAUAAAUAACAACAAACUGAACUGGUAUUUCCAUGAGGAGCAGUGGAAGAAGGACUGUUUUGUUUAAGUUUUCUUUUCUUUUUUUUUGCAGAGACACUGAUUCAAAGAGUUUGACCAGGUUGCACUUUGGGCAUCACGUGAUUAGAUCCUCAUUAGAUUCCUCAUAUGCAAACACUCCAUGUAACAAUCGGCUGGAGCAGCAAGACGAGUUUUCGAGCCAUAGUCACAAAGCGGGACUGUCCAUCUUCCAUAGCUGCCCCUGAAAACUGCUAAGGCCAACAACCUGUCUAUCUACAGCUCUACAGUGUUUAGUCCUUUAGUUGUAUUUAAUCUCCAGAUGUAACUGCCACUUGUGCUGCAGCCUUCCCUGCAGCCUGAAUUUGCAAAUAUGACGAAAACAUGUAAGGGAGAGAGGCGUUGUUUGGGAACAUUUCGAUAAAAGGGAUGUUUAAGGAUUAAAGGACCCUUGAGUGGUGGACGAGAGACGACCCUGUAGUGUUAUUAAAAACAUGUCCGUAGAUUUUAGAUGUGCUUCACAUCAGUAAAAGAAAGAAAAAGAAAAAAAAACAAUUACCUGUAUAUUUUUGUGACGUGUAUCAUACAAGUGUGCUCCAACAAUAAUGUCCAUUUGUGUAAAUGUAUUUAUUUCACAUUGUAUAUAUUGUUCAAUGCAAAAAGAGAGACCUAUGAUUCUGUAACUUAAACUACUAUGGGUUGAAACAUUACAUGUGUUACUCCAGACUAUGCCUUUCAGGAUUAUUACAGUAGAGCAAUAUCAAUUAAAACCAGGCUUCCAGUUUUGAAA